UUAAUAUCUAUAAUUCAACGUGAGAAUAUAUUAAAAAGUCAGCCGGCUAAAACAAAGCGUUCAAUUUCAAGUGAUUCAGUGUUGAAUUUGUAAAAAAAAAGAAAUGAAAUUGUUACCUGUGAUAUUAGUGAUUGGCAUGGUUGCCUAUUCCAGAGUUUCCGCUGACGGUUUAAUGUGCUUCAAAUGUGAUGGCCCUUCAUGCGGUAGUAAGGAUACAAUGACCAUCAUAUCUUGCGCAAGCGAUUCUGUUUCUUUCAAUCCUGAAUCAACUACUCUUUCGACAACACCUGAGUCUUCAACAGUAUCGCAAUCUCCAACGUCAUCAGAGUCUUCAACAGUAUCACAAUCUCCAACGUCAUCAGAGUCUUCAACAGUGUCAGUGUCUUCAACAGUAUCACAAUCUCCAACGUCAUCAGAGUCUUCAACAGUGUCAGAGUCUUCAACAGUAUCACAAUCUCCAACGUCAUCAGAGUCUUCAACCGUAUCACAAUCUUCAACGCCCUCAGGAUCACCUUCGACUUCUGAACAAUCCUCAACAUCCGAACAAUCUUCAACAACCGAUUCGAGCUCAACAUCAGAUUCGACUACAACAUCAGAGUCAUCUUCAACAUCGGAAUCUACAACGGUUACGUAUACUUCAUCUGAGGGACCCACCACAGUUUCAACUACCUCAACACCACCGGCUCAGGUCUCAUAUGCCUGUUAUUCCAUUGUUUACAAAAAUGGCGAUAAUUCUAUAACUCAAAAAGGUUGCGUGGCCACGACAACAUCUGAGAGUGCUUGCGGAGUACUGGGAAAUUAUACGAAUUCGCCUAUUGAAAACUGCGAUAUCUGCUUAUAUUCUGAGUGCAAUUCCAGUUCAAUCAUUAGAUUCUCAAUUCUAACUCUAUUGGGUUUAAUCUUAAUUGGAUUCAUUUUGUAAAUUCGUAUAUUCAUGAUUCAUAUAUAAAAUAUUACUGAUGUAUUACAUAUAGAUAAACCUAAUACACAAUAUCUUAUUUUGAUUUACUAUCUGUAAUGUAAAGGACAAUAGUCCUCUUUUAUACAAAUGACAUAUGUCCAGUACAAGGAAGUUUUGGCUACAUUGCUAGUGCAGGCUUUUGUAAAACAUUUGUCUUCAGGAUUGCCAUGAUAUGUUCUUCACAACUAAGUUUAGCCACUAGCAGAAAUGCCUCUAUUGUGAAUAUCAGAAUAGAAAUUAAACCAAAAAUUUAUAAAAUAACAUGACUUCUAUGCCCGCACAUGUUUUGCAAAUUUUAUUUAUAUUUUAAAAAUAUUACCACUUUUUCUCAUUCUGAUGUAAAACAAACAAACUUGCAAUUUUUUAUUUUGAGUUUUAUUAUUUUCAUUCACAGUACUAAAAUAAAACAUAGCAAAUAUUAUUGUACCCUUAGUUGAAUAAAUUUCAUGGCUACGAUACAAAUGUA